AUGGCUCCGCCGGCGGCUUUGGACGUGGAGACGAACGGCAAUGGCGUGCCUACACGAUUGACUGUUGAGGGUAUCGCUGGUGUGAGAGCCCAGAGCGCGAAGAUGCCUGCUGGCGUUGCGCCUGCCACAAGCAGUGACGAGUUCAAAAGCCCGGCUUGCUUCACCAAACCUAAGGCGAAGAGGUGGGAUCAUAUCUUGUCGCAGGAGGCGAAGUCUCGCAAGACUUCUACGUUGAAGGGUGCCGCGAAGUUCUUGAAGAAUCCAGGCCUUAUCUCCCUCGGCGGCGGACUCCCCUCCCCGGAAUACUUCCCGUUCGAAGAACUAUCUAUUAAAGUUCCCAACCCGCCAGGUUUCACACCGGAAGCUACUCGGAAGACGGGAGCUACUUUAACUGCGGGGAAGCAUGACAUUCGCGAAGGGAAAAGCUUAUAUGAUUUGGAGGUUUCUCUGAACUAUGGACAGUCGACCGGAUCUCCUCAGCUACUCAGAUUCGUGACGGAACAUACUGAGCUGAUCCACAACCCUCCUUAUUCCGACUGGCACUGCGUUUUGACACCCGGAAGCACCUACUCCUGGGAUACCACCCUGCGAUUGUUUUGCGAGAAGGGCGACUACAUCUUGAUGGAGGAGUACACAUUUUCUAGCGCACAGGAGACAGCGCUUCCGCUGGGAGUAAAGGUUGCGUCGGUCAAGAUGGACGAACAAGGUCUUUUGCCAGAAUCGCUCGACGACGUUAUGACCAACUGGGACGAGGCGGCUCGUGGUGCUCGCAAGCCCAUUGUGCUUUACACCAUUCCGACAGGCCAGAACCCCACUGGUGCCACUCAGUCUUUUGAGCGACGCAAGGCUAUUUACAAGGUUGCACAGAAGCAUGACCUCUACAUUAUCGAAGACGAGCCAUACUACUUCCUGCAAAUGCAGCCCUACACUGGAGCUGACUCCAAACCUGUGCCGCCUCCCGCCAAUCACGAAGAGUUCCUCAAGUCUCUCAUCCCGUCCUAUCUGAGCAUGGAUGUCGACGGCCGUGUCCUUCGCAUGGAAUCAUUCUCCAAGGUCUUAACUCCCGGAUCGCGUACUGGCUGGAUUGUCGGUUCCGAGCAAAUCCUUGAGCGCUUCACCAGAAACACUGAAGUCUCAGCCCAACACCCAAGCGGUAUUUCACAAAUCGUCCUUUUCAAGCUUCUAGACGAACAUUGGGGACACACCGGCUACCUCGACUGGCUCAUCAACCUGCGCAUGCAGUACACGAGCCGCAGAGACAUCCUUGUCAAGGCUUGCGAGAAGCACCUCCCUCAGGAAAUCGCAAGCUGGAUCGCCCCUGCAGCGGGCAUGUUCCACUGGAUUGAAAUCGAUUGGAAGAAACACCCUGGCCUUUCGUCCGGCAAGACCCAUGAUUCCAUCGAGGAAUCUCUCUUCACCGCAGCCGUGAACAACGGCGUCCUUAUUUCGCGCGGUAGCUGGUUCAAGGCCGCCGGUCGUAGCGAGGAUAAGAUGUUCUUCCGUGCGACGUUCGCAUCGGCUAGCGAGGAGAACAUUACGGAGGCUAUCAAACGGUUUGGAGAGACCGUGCGCGCUGAGUUUAAGCUUUAG